AUGUACAUCAUUAAGGCCGCACGAUGCUUAACUCUGUGCUCUCCUCCGGGACAUGAAGCGCCCGGCUCCUGGGGGCCCCUCCUGGAUGUCGGAGAUGGCUUCGAGAUGACUUCAUGUCGUGUUCUCAAUCGGCGAUGGGCGUACAAGAGCUUGUUUGGCCCGGCUGUCAUCCCAAGCAUCGUGGGCCGGGACCUCCCACGUCAAGAGCUCCGGACGGGGAUUGAGAGAGCAGGCACCUCCAGCUAA